AUCGGACCAAAAAAUACCAACAUCAGUUAAAUUUUGUCUAUGAGACUAGUUGUGGGAGUGAAAUGAAAUCGAAUCGAUUUUGCAUCCCAUCAUUUUUCUACGAUUUGUUUUGAUUGGUUUUUAACGGCGGCUCCCAAUAAUUAGAAGCAAUUUGAUAAGGAUAUCUGGUAAACAAGAAAAUGAAUCGCUGCAACCCCAAUCUCACGGAAUACGCUACGUACUUGCAGUCAAUAAUACGCCUGGAUGCGCUAGAAAAGAAGACCCAAGACCUGGACAAGGAACUGGCGGAUUCCCAGAAGUUAAUGCGAGACAUAAAGGCUAUAUUUGAAUCUGUACCUAAAGCACCAAGUGCGAAUGAAGAAUCGGUCAACACUGGCUUGAGACAUGAAGAUAUAUCAAAGUUUUUAGAGGCCGACGUUCCAAAGCUGUUAUUGCCGGAUAUGGUGGAAAACACAUCAGACAUUAACAUAGACGACAUUAUUUCGAAGAUGAAGGGGUACGCUGAAGAACUGAAGAAGAAUUUGACUGUUUCUUUACCCCAAAACAGAGAACUUCUGGGAAAUAUGGAACCUUUGGACUUGGAGCCAUAUGCUUCAAGCUUGGACCAGUUGAAAAAACGGCUUGCUAAUAUAAAAAUGAAUAAAGGUGACGGCAGUAACAGGAAUCCUGAUUUGGAGAUUAAACUUGGUCAGUUGUGUCAAGAUGUGGACAUGUUUACAAAGAUGGUCGAAGCAAAAACAGAGCUUAGUGAAAGCAACAAGAACUGGACAACUACACUGCAAGACAACAAAGCUCUCCAAUAUGACAAUGUUGUCAACAAGUUACUCGCCGGCAUCAAUGAAGUGUCAUACCUACUUCAAAAUAGGAACUAGAUGUCCAAACUUUUGUCUAUGGGAUCUCAUCAUUUGGAGAUGUGCACAGAUUGCAACAUCUCGGUUGGCAAGCCUAAGGACUGCAAUGGGAAACCGUGUGCAGUUAGAAAUGAGAUUACUUGUGGGUAUUAGUAUGUAAAACACCAUUAUUCCAGUUUUUAAUACAUACUAAUAGGUACAGCAGGGAGUUACAUAGUUGUGACUGUAUUCUAAGGUGUUUAUUGUUUUAAGGGCUUAUAUAUUUAGCCCUUAGAAUUUCCAUAAAGCUGGCAUAGGGUGACUGAAAUGUUACUUUAAAAUGACACAUUGGUUGUGGUACCCUAAAGUCCAUUAGUCAGCUACAUAGAUAGAAACUCAUGUAGAAGAGAAAAUCAUGAAAGAUAAAUGCCACAAGUCAUUUAGAAUUAUACAAUUCUGUCAAAGUGUCUUAUUGUUGAGUUUCUACACUUUAAAAGUGCAUAAAAUAGUAUAUUACAGAAGUAUGUGAUGGCAAAAUCAUGUUGCGAUUGAAACCCAGUGCGUCAAUGGUUUUGAGUGGUUGUUUAACACUGAAACAAUGCAGUACAUUACCUACUUGCAAGUCAGAGAAAAAAAUUGACUUCAUUUUGUAUAGAAGUCUCUCAGUAUAACUAUUUUGCUUUAGUACUUCAGCAGGGGAGUGGGAGUAUUCAAUAUAUCAAUAUGUGUAAUCGGAGCCAUAUGUCACAAAACUCCCAUCCCAUUAAUACAGAAAUUUUGUUCAUAUACUUAAAAGCUUAUACCUAAUAGUACUCAUGAUUUGUGAACCAGUAGCAGGUCAAUAUUCUAAUUGAGUUUACUGAUCUCUUUACAGUAUUGUAUUGUAAGCCGUUGUUAAAAUCACAAGUGGAUGUGUUCACUUUUGUUAGUCAAUGAUCCAGUUCAGAUGAAUGUAUGAAUGUACUUGAAUGGUUAGUUUUAAGUAUCGUAAAUAAAAAUGUCUGAAAUAAAAAAGUAUGCUAUAAUCUCGAAAUACAAGUAAUAACUACAACAGCUUUCUAUGUAUGUACUCUACUAGUCUAAAUGAUGUCUAAUAACAAUAGUAGAAUCUGUCAGUUAAUAAAGUAAUUCAAGCA